GAGAGUUAACCCAUAAUAUGCUACUUCCUCGAACUAAUUUGUGGCUUAAUUUUCAGUUCUUCUUCGCCAAGGCACGGGAACUAGAAGUGGAGGGGGAGAGAGAUGUCAAACGUGGUGGUUCUUGACAAUGGUGGAGGACUGUGCAAGGCUGGAAUUGGUGGUGACAGGAACCCAACAGCGGUGGUGCCGAACUGCCUCGGCCGUCCCUCUGCCUCCAAGAAAUGGCUGGUUGCUGACCAACUCCAAGCUUGCGAAGACCUGACUUCUGCCACCCUCCGCCGCCCAUUUGAUCGCGGCUACCUUAUCAACCCAGACCUUCAGAAAGAAGUUUGGGACCGCAUAUUCCGUUCCCUUCUUCAUGUUGACCCAACAGCCUCGUCCCUCCUUCUCGUGGAGCCCCUCUUCAAUCUUCCCUCUAUCCAGCACUCCACCGAUGAGAUUGUCUUUGAGGACUUAGGCUUCCGCUCCCUUUAUGUUGCUGACUCCCCCUCCCUUGUCCACCUCUAUGAGGCCAGUCACCGUCCUGAUGGUCUCAUCUCUAAGGCCCAAUGCAGCCUUGUUGUCGAUUCUGGUUUCUCCUUCACCCAUGCUGCUCCAGUGCUUCAGAAUUUCACUAUCAACUAUGCUGUGAAGCGGCUUGAUCUUGGCGGCAAGGCCCUCACUAAUUACCUCAAGGAGCUUGUAUCAUAUCGAUCCAUCAAUGUCAUGGAUGAGACCUUUCUAAUUGAUGAUGUCAAGGAGAAGCUCUGUUUUGUUUCCCUCAAUGUCCCUCGUGACCUCCAGAUUGCCAGGAGACGUGGAAGGGACAAUCUUUUCAGAUGCACUUAUGUCCUUCCUGAUGGUGUAACACAUAUGAAGGGUUUUGUGAAGGACAUGGAUGUAGCACAGAGAUACCUCACUCUGCCGGACGAGGUCCUGUCUCCACCAGUGGAAAGGAAGGAAGAUGGUCAUCCAGAAUUUGCAGAAAAAUCUGAAGACAGAAAGAGAAUUGAUUUGACAAAAACUGAGGUUACCUUGACAAAUGAGCGCUUCCUUGUUCCAGAGAUGAUUUUCCAUCCUGCUGAUUUAGGAAUGAACCAGGCUGGACUGGCAGAGUGCAUUGUUCGAGCUGUAAAUUCUUGCCAUCCUCAUCUUCACCCUGUACUCUAUGAAAGCAUCAUCUUGACUGGUGGAAGUACAUUGUUUCCACGAUUUGCUGAAAGACUGGAAAAGGAGCUACGACCUCUUGUACCUGAUAACUUUCAAGUGAAGAUAACAACUCAAGAAGAUCCCAUUUUGGGUGUCUGGAGAGGGGGUUCACUUCUGGCAUCUAGUCCGGAUUUUGAGGAAAUGUGUGUCACUAAGUCUGAGUAUGAGGAGCUUGGAUCUGCUCGCUGUCGUCGCCGUUUUUUUCACUGAGCAUCUAAAUGUUGAAGCAAAGAAGGUAUCUAGAGGCAAGUUUCAAAUUCCAUUUAUCAAGGCACAGUCUAAAUAAGUAAAGAUGUCUGUCAUCUCAAACUGCCUGGAAAAGGUGCCAGUAUACCAGCAGCAAGGAUUGAAAAGCUCCAUGCAUCAUUUUAUGUGAAAAGAGUAUAUUUUAGGGAGUACUCCUUGUCAUCAGUGGUAACACGAGUUCAUUUUAUACCCUCAAACAUGAAGAAUCUGAAUUGCAGAAUCAACACCAAGGGUGUAAGAUAUACACACUUCAAAGCAGAUUGCAGUAUUUCACUGCGUGUUCUUAGAGCCAUUCUGCCAUUUGAGAAGUCCACUGCUGCUCCAGCAUGUAGAAAGAGAUUUCACUUUUCGAGUUUCAGUACGAAGCAUGGUUUGCUGUUCUUGGAAACAGGAAGGCUAAUGUUGUGAAUUGAUUCAAACAGGGAUCUGGUUCGGC